ACUCUCUACUUCUGCGGUCUUUCUAUUUCUACGUCUAUACAUUGUCUACUUCUGUGUGUUUUCCACUUCAGGGUUCGUCAACUCCUCGACCUGUCAGACGGGCCAAACGGGUGGCACCUGCCCAAGAUAGGGUGAGCGAGGAGUCUGACACCAUGGAGACUGGAAUCGAGGAGGAGGAGGAGGAGGAGGAGGAGGAGGAGGAGGAGGAGGAGGUGAAGCAACGUGUGAGAGCACCAGGCACUACUUCAUCCAGAGUUCUGUCAAGCGAUGAAGAAGGGGCAGUCCAUCCCAAACGCAACAAGCCAUCGUCCCAGAACGGACACAAAACAUCGAAGGUUACGAACAAGGUGAAUAGUAGGGACAAUGCUGCAGGAUGCUCCGGAGGGAACGCGACGAGAAGGACUCCCUGUCCCUACGGCAGCUCCUGCUACAGGAAAAACCCCAUCCACUUCCGAGAGAGCAGUCACCCUGGCGACAGCGACUAUGAGGAAGAAGCAGAGGAGGAAGUGGAUGAGGAUGACGACCGCCCAGAGUGCCCGUUCGGCACCGACUGCUACCGGAAGAACCCACUACACAGGCAGGAGUACAAGCACACCAAGCCUCCAGCCAAGACGCCUGCCUCCCAAGACGACGAAUGAUGAUGAGGCGUAUGACGACAGCUUCAUCAACGAUGACAGCGAGGAGGACAUUGAUGAGGACUCGGAUUACGUGCCCGACGAUUCCGGCGGCAGCGGGAAAGAGGACGUCAAACGACUUCAAAGAGAAGCCAAGGCUUUUCUCCGAAAGAAGAAAUAACCUAUAUAUUAUAUAUAUAUAUUAUAUAGGUUGAGGGUAUAUUCGAUAUUCGUCCUAUAAAUGAUAUAACAUGCCCACGAAAGGCUUGUUGAACAAGAGCAAUGUUCGGCACGCCAUUCAGCAAAGUAGGGGAGAAACGGGUCAAGAAUAUAUAUAUUAUGUACAUCCUAUAGAUCAUAUACAAUAAGUUGCCCAUGACCGCCAUGUUGAGAGGCAAGUUAAGUCUGGACCUUCUGGUCUGCCUCCAGGACGGCUCUUCGCAGAUCGCUACAACCACUGCUAGUGCAGAGGGGUAGCCGGUCUCCCUACCUGUCACUCACGGUCACAGAGGUUGGUCAGCCAAUGGCUACAUACUUGAUGCACUCCCAAGCUUUGCUGAUUGGCUGGUGUCCUAAUACAGAACACAUCAUCUCUGCUACUGAUUGGCUGGAAUCUUCUCAACCACUGUUACUUAGAGUCAGUGAAGGUGAACAAGGCAUUUUACUGUGAAGGCUAUAAAGUGAUCUGUGGUGUGGGUUUUAUUAAGCAAUUAAUUACACACAACAUUAUGAUUUAGCCGAAAACAGUUUCAGCAACAGUUACCCAACAAGGCAUUUAGUUAAUUUCUCAUUAGCAGCAAGUGUGAAUCAAAACUUUUUUUUUCCUCUCCUCUCUCUCUACUGGGGUGUCAUGAGGCUGUGAACUAUAAAGAACCAGACGCACCGAAACGAAAGAAAGAAAGAACAUAGAGCGAGAGAGAGAGGGGUGAGAGAAGAAGAAGAAUAAAAGAGAAGCACCUUGUGUUCUUGUCAGCCAUGACCUAUAUAUGUGAGCCUCAGAGAGGUUCACUCUGUCUUUGUCGCGCCUGUCAGCGGGAGGCAGCCAACCCUUUCUAGAAGGUUCUUUUUUGUCCCUGUUCGCUGUCUUUGACACACCCCUCCAGCUACAUACCAACCUACACUGGAUUUUUAGAGAGGGAGUUUAAUCAGGCAAAAUGGCCACCUGCCACUAAUUGGACGUUUUAAUGGAACUUGGUGAAUUUAAGUAGGAGGCAGUACAAGAUUGAUUGAAUUCCAGCCUUUGUCUAAGUUUGUGAUGGUUUUUUAAUGGAUGUUAUGCCAUUUUAAUGGAAGUUGAUGUUUUUUUUUUAUUGUAUUGUUUCUGUUGCACAAAUACAAAAAGAAAAAACUUUCCUAAGAA